UGCAUAUUGAUUUUUGAAAAUUAGUGCCCUGCUAAGGGAGCUCAGAAUUUGCAAGUGUUAGGAGUUGAUAUUUUCAGAUGUAGAAAAUUUACAUAAUUAUGGUGUUAUCAAGUCAGGACUAAACCAUAAAAAUGGCUAAUCGCAAUAAAAUGGCCGAGAUAAAAUGCAUGGAGCCAGAAAACUACAGGAAAUAUUUCAGAUCUCUUUGUUGGAGCGGGAACAGGAAACUGGACAGAAAACCUGGUAGAAGAGGCAUAAGGAAAGAUAGAUCCCGAAGAUCAAAAGGCCCAAAUGCAUUUGCAAUAUGUUUCGCGCCAGCCCUCUUAGGAAAUCCAUCUCAAUUUGCUGUAUAUGCUACCGUCCGUAAAUCUAUCCUCUCUCGAUGGCGACACUUACAAGGAUCAGUAGCAGAUUUAUCAGAUGAUAGUGAUAAUGAUGAUCAGAACCAAGUUCCUAUUAUAAAACUUCCUAAAAUUACAGGAAUUGGUCUUCGCACCGUGUUCAGUCUGAUUGAUCAAGCAAGGUUUAAAGAUGCUAGUCUAUGUGAGUGUGCUCUUAAAGCUUUGCUUGAUGUAUUACAAGCUCACGCACCUGAGGAUUUGUCCCAUGAGAACACAGAAAUCAUCACAAAUCUACAUGAUAUACUUGUGGAGAUAACAGGUGGUAUUGGAGGCCCAGGCCGACCAGAUGUACCUUCAACACUUACAGCCAUCAGCAGCUCUUGCCUGAUCGCUCUAUCAGUUGCGAAGGGUGAAGCUGAACUUAUUCUGAACACUGUAACAUCACUCAUUAUGGUUGCACCAAGUCUAUCUGAACAGCUUGUGCAGGUGCCAAUGAAUCUGAAUAUGUUGCAACGAAGCGUACAAUCCAUAAUCUUAGGAUCUCCAUCACGUAAUCUGUGGCUAGACUUUGGGGUUCCACAUCAGUGCUUAGUCAACAGUUUUCCAGUAGAUCUUCCACCACUACUUACUACUGGUUCUCAAGAACUUGUUAUCCGAUCACUCGUAUCUGAUGGGUGUUUUCUCUAUGUCUUUACAUCUAAAGGUCUAUUGAAAAUUGGAUCUGGAUAUGGCAAUUCUGUUCGCCAACAUGUAUAUUUGUAUAAAUCAGACUUUUUUGCCUGUGACCGUCAUGGAUGGUUGGGCUAUUGUAAGGAUAAAUUAUAUGUAAGGAUUGGUAGAAAGAAGACUGAUAUUUAUGAAGUAGACAAGGAAACCUUUGAAGUAAAAAGUGUAUUACACUUAGAUCCAGGAUCGCCACUUCCCAUUGAACCCAAAUCAGCUGUAUUCAGCGAUGGUAACAAACUCGGACUAGUCGUACUCACUAACUAUGACAAUUUGACAAUCAAAUUUUACGAUGUCGCUUCAACGGCAUCGAAUCGUACAGAAGGCGGCACUCAUAUUAUGGAGUCUUGUAAAGAAUUGCACGUGCACCUUCUAAGACGAUCGACACUUGCACUCGGUCGUGCGCCAUUUGAAGAUGGUAUUACUAGACGAAUCACGGACAUAGAUUCACCAGUAGCUGUGCAACUGGAUGAUAAUGAAGACGACCCACUCAUUGCUAUCAGUGCUGGUCAAGACUUUGGCUUACUGACAACUGCUUCAGGAAAAGUAUAUUACACUGGCAAAGCAACCAGCUUGGGAUACAAGAUGUCAUCAACAUACACUGGACGAUGGACACUAAUGAAAGAAACUUGUUUUAUUAGAAACGAACAACCAAAAAUAAGAAAAACAAGGGUUAUACAGGUUGCAGUAGGCCAUGAAGGAGUCCAUGCUAUAUUAGUUCUUGACAAUGGGUCAGCUCUUUUUACCGGCAUUGCCCGCCGUGGUGAGGACGGUGACGGUAAUAAAAGGCGAUCACCGAAACCCAGUCGCCCAAAGAAGAUUGCAAAGGCGGAGAAUUUUUACGUUGUAUACGCUGCUUGUAACUACGGAUCAACAGCCCUAGUUACACGACAAGGAGUUGUGUUGAUGUUCGGCAAGGAUACGCAGCAUUGCGACUCAGCUGGCAUCGUCACUGGCUUGAGACACGAGAGGAUCGUGCAGGUCGCUUUGGGUAAAGCUCAUGCCGUGGCGUUGACAAAUCUUGGACAAGUCUACAGUUUUGGUAUCAAUAAUAAAGGUCAAUGUGGAAGAGAAUUUGGAUACACUAAAGAAAAACCAUAUCCACUUGGAAAAACUACAUCCAAGGAUGAACCGGUCAUAUGCAUGUCCGAUCAACACACCUGGGUCACCGAUUACUGUCGCAUCUGCGUCAACUGCCGAGAAUGUACUGGAUUUGCUGGCAAUUGCAGUUGCGCUGCUUUACCUAAUCGUAUACCUAAGGAAAAAUGUGGUUGCGGUGAGGGCGAGAGCGGCUGCAGCACGUGCGGUAUCUGCCGCCGCUGCGCCGAAGUCGAGUCGGCUUCCCGUGUACCCGAUAGUGAGGACGAUGUGUCUGUUUAUGAUAUUGCUAGUACUUCUGAGCAAGCUGCGGAAGAAGAGAUGAAAUAUCUACAGUUUGAGGCUCACUGCUCCAAAGACGAUGUAGAAAAAGACGCUAGUUUCAAAGGCAGCAGUCUACCACCAGCUCGGAUCCCUCUACCUGGGGGACAUAAAGUGGAAGCGAUCGCUUGUGGGUUGCAUCAUACUGUUUUAAUGACACAUCUUGGCGAUGUCUUGACUUUUGGCUCAAAUCAAUAUGGCGCUUUGGGAGCGGGAGACAUAUCAGCACAUCAUAGGAUCAUACGUGUCAGAGUCCCUAGAGCCUCUGCUAUUGCGGCUGGAAGCAAUCAUACAGCUGUUCUUACGAAUGAUGGUGAAUUAUACACAUUUGGCAGCUAUCAGAAAGGGGCACUAGGUCGUCCCCGUAUUGAUGAACCACGGGCAGAUAGAUGCCCAAUAUGGUAUGCAACUCCAGGCAAAGUACCACGCCUGGGCCCCAAAUACAACUGUAAAGCUAUCACCGUAUCCGCAUCAGGAGAUCAAACAUUCGUUCAGGUUUCUCAAGCGGUCCUUAAAUCUGAUACACUUUUCAGUUCUACCAUAACGGCGAACAAUAAUACAAUCAUAAUAUUACCCAACCGACCUGAACAUACAUUCAAAUGUGUAACGAUUUGUAAGACCGAUGGUUCUUGCUUCGCUUGGUCAGGAGCAGAACAGGUCGACUUCGUGAACACUCUUGCUUGUCUUGAUCCUCUGUACGACGUAUUGUGGUGUUACCAACCACAAAUGAGAGUGAUGAAGUCUUACAAUAUCCUAGCAUUCGAUGCACAUAAACUACAGAGAUGCUGCAAAAAUGACCCAGAGGGUUUCGUCAAUGAUAUUGACUUUGAAUACCCACAUUACGGAAUCAUGCGACGUCUUGAAGAGUUUAGAAAUCUUGAGAACUUUGAGUGGAUCAGCAAUAGCGACGAUAAACCAACAGAUGGAGUCGCUAUUGCCAAUGUAUCGAUAUUGAAUCAAGACCUCGCCUUGCCGAGCGCUAAGAACUGCUAUGUGACUAGAAUACAUGCUGCGUUGCAUUUACUUGGAUGUAUAGACUCACUACUUUACGUACAUGAUAAUAGACUAACUCAAGUGGAAUGUAAAAGAGAUAGCCUAGCUUUGCCUGUGUCUCCUUUGCGCGAAGACUUCUUAACAGUAAACCGCUUUGAGAGUCAUGGCGGUGGCUGGGGCUAUUCUGGACAUUCAAUUGAAGCUAUUCGCUUUAUGAGUGAUACUGACAUACUUUUAGGGGGAUAUGGACUAUUUGGCGGACGUGGAGAGUAUACUGCGAAGAUUAAACUCAUUGAUAUUGGUACCGAAGGAGGUGAUCAAGAAGGCGAUGGUGAAGUACUAGCUGAAACUGGAGAUAUCCCAUACGAGUGUGCGCCUAGGGACAGAUUCCCAAUGCUGUUUGAAAAUCCAAUACCCCUCACUGCACAAAGGUGGUAUGUGGCCUGGGCAUGUAUAAAUGGGCCUUCUUCAGACUGUGGUUCCACAGGCCAAGCCAUAGUUAUUAACGAUGAUGUAGGAUUUCAUUUUAAAACUUCUAAAAAAUCAAACAAUGGAACCGAUGUCAACGCUGGGCAAAUACCAUGCCUCUUAUACAAUGUUAUAAACCAUGAUCAUAUACCAAGACGACGAAAAGACCCUGGCGAACCAGUCAGCAACCUCACUAAAAAUAUAUCGAGGAAAGUAACUGUGGCUUGUUUCAAGUCUCUCAUAACUUUACUUCAGUGGAGUUGGAGUACUUUCAAGGAAAUUCUUCUUGACACAAAUGGCCAAAUUCCAAUUAAUUAUCACAAGCUAAAUGUCAUGAAAAAUCAAAAAAGACUCGUUUACAUUAUACGUGCCUGUUUGCGAAUUGUGAAAUCAUACAUCAAUGAGAUAUAUCCUCAAAACAACCGAAAGAGGAAUUCUCAAGAAUAUAUGGCCUACGUUGAAAUUAUAGCCGACAUCCGAAAUCUAAUUCAAGCAAUGAUGGCAGACCAGACUCCUACAUGUAGCAUGUUGCCUCGGAAACCGGGUAGAAGCAAGUCACAGAGAACAUGUUACGUACAGUUCGCUCUGGAAAUGACAAAUUCCAUAAUAAAGGAAGCGCACGAAACUGUAACAGCUUGUUUCCAUGCUUUCUAUCCGACGCCUAUUUUAAAGUGGCAUCACUUGUGUUCGCUUCUGUAUAAUGUUUCGGAUGGAAUAGUACCUGCCUCCCAGAUCCGAGAAUUAACAUCAACAUGCGCUGCUAUGUGUGGCUUUAGAAGCUUACGUGAUGUGUUACAGUACAUUGUGCCCGUGACUCAAAGCUGCAUCAUGUUAAAUGAAAUGAGGAAACUUGAGAGCAAAGUUGUCAAAGAAGUACCCAGUAAGUCAGCAACCGUUCCGCGUUCAGCGCAUUCACAACAUUCUCCAAAACCACCGCCAAUCCCACCUAGGGCCAAUAGAGACGCUAGGCAACUACCUUCAACAUCAAAGUCAAAUCAUACCGAUUGGCAUCUCCUGGACAUUAUACCCAAGCUACUGGACAUGGUUCUUUUACCGAUUAAAGAACAAAUGAUGACUCGACAGUGUGGCCAGCCCCAUGACCACGGAGAGAUUCAACAAAAUGAGAAACUCACCGACUAUUGCUGCAAAUUUGUCGUGCGCAUAAUAGCUGAAUUAGCUUUCAGUUCCAAGAACAUCAAGGAAGACGCAGAUACAACGACAAUAAAACAUCUCAUAACACCGUCACGCUUCAUCCGUGUGAAUACGAACCGCUCCUGGAACACGAGCAACGGCAGCCCAGACGCCAUUUGUUUCACCAUAGAUCGUCCUGGUAUAAUGCUGGUUGGAGCAUGCGUUUAUGGCGGCCCGGGAACGUUUGAGUAUACCCUGGAACUUUUACAUGACGUGAGGUUACGUGGAAUAACAGAGGAAACGCGACCGUCGCAUUGCUGGAUCAGUGUGGAGGUUGUACAUGGCUCCUUCUCUGCAGCUGACUGUCAACAUGACAUGGUGCAAAUCAAGUUUGAAAAACCUGUACCAUUAAAGGAAGACCUACGAUAUGCGCUCAGAUUUUGCAACAACGGAAGCCGAACGUCUAACGGUGAUAGUGGUUUGGCGUCGGUCAAAGGACCUGAUGGUACCUCCUUCCAUUUUUCAUCCUGCUCUCUCAGUUUUAACGGUACCACAUUGGUGAGAGGUCAAAUACCUUGCCUUAUAUAUUAUGGUACAACCAAACCGUUGAAUUCUGCCGAUAAUCCUGAUACAUUGAUGGCCGCGCUGCGUGCGAUAACUUUGAGAGUUGCCUCUAUGGUGAUCGAGCGCGGCGCUGACUUGUUUUGUUCGCUUCGAAAUGAGCUCACAACAGAAGACUUGAGGCGAAAUGCAUUUGUAUUGCAACAGUCACCUGUUAUAAAUACCUUGAUGCCAUAUGUGCUGGCUAACCUUGAGGGGUUAGAUGACUCAAAGAGUGUGAUACAUCUUCUUGAAAUUAUACAUAAACUGCUUCCACACGUAUCUGCAAUGAAUUUGCUAGUACCUAGUGCGGAAGAGAUAAGCACAACUACUACAACGCAUUAUUACACUUGGAUUGAAAGUGACCAUCCUUACAAACAGGCCACUGUUUCUAACAUGAGAGUACUAUUCCCCGCGCAAGUGUCAUGGAUCGUUCUUGAAAUGGAUCCUAGAAGCAUUACAGCGCAGCCGGAAGACAAUCUAACGAUCUACGCCGUGGCCGGGUCUCCACGGCACCGAUGCCAUUGCUCCAGCGAGUUUCGUGUUUCCGAUCCACCAUUCCGUAAGAGGUUAAUCCAGCUAACAUCGGAUACGGGUGACGUAGAGGAGCUUGACGAGGGUUGCUUUGAAGCACCGUGCAUGCAAUACAACUGUACUUAUGUGAGCGUAACGCCUAGACUUUCUAAUACGUCUGCUGAUUGGCCUCACAAGGGCCUAUUGGUUCCCGGGAAUGAAGUUAUAUUUUCAUUGGAGACUGCUUCAGAUUAUUUGAACGAGUACAAGAACGACGAAGAGGCUGAUGAGAGCAGAUUCGGUUUCCGUUGCCUAUGCGCGGGAUACGAAGACCUUCCACUGACUUCUCAUCGCCAGGGCCUGGUGGCCCUCGAGAUGGAACUGGUGUACAGUGGGGCGGCUUGUGCUGCGCGCCUCCUGGCUCCCGAUAUCGAUAUAUCGCCCCUAAGUUACUUGACAGUGGUGGAACUGCAAAUGCUGGCUACCAACGGCACCACUCCGAGCGGGGACGAAGCAACGGACGAGAGCGAGGCCAUGUUCCUGUACCGCGGUCUCGAUCUGCCGUCAGCGCCCAGCGUGCAUAACGUGCUGGACGGUCAACCGUUACUGCGGUGCAUAUCAACUGAACGCCAGUUUUUGUCGGAUUUUGUGGCGGGCGCCGAGAGCACGGCUGGUGGCAGACUCGCGCGUUGGUUGGCCCCAACCUCUCGCGUGGAGCCAUCCAAGUGCGAACUGAAAGCGCCGGCCUCCGUGGUUCUUCCAACGGCGCGUGUCAACCUGCCUGUCAUCGUUAAAGAUCAAUACGGCGACGUUGUGACCUCUUCAGCCGUAAAAAUUGAGGUUAUAGUACAGAAUUUGGCAAUGUCGCUCAGCAUGAAUCGUCCGACAGAAGCUGAGCAAGCGGGGGGGAUUCCAAAUGUACGAUUCGCAACUACGAUAAGAGAAACUAUGCGUUUUCAGACUAUUACCAUGAUGAAGCCCUAUCAAGACUAUUCAUUGGAAGAACUGCGUUUUGCGAGUGGAUUAUGGGGGGAGGCGAGAUUGAAAGGUCUUGGCAUGUUAAAAGUCCCUACAGAACGUAUCACAGUACACUCACAAACGGACGGUUCGUACUCUGCUCUGUGGGUCCCACGCGCUCCAGGAAAAUAUCUUUUCAGAUGCACGCUGGAUGACCAGCCGUCACCACAGGAAAUAGUGAUAGAAGUACCAGAAAAUGAAAAUUUGGACGAUGAAGAUACCUCUUUACCAGCCGAGGGAACCACCACAAAGCUGAAGCGUUUCGUGACACAGUGUAGCGCAGGCUUACGCGUGCGAGCCAGUCCGAGCCUUCAAGCUGAAGAACUUGGAAGAAUACCGCCAGGAGCUUAUGUGGCAUACUUGGAAGAAGUUUUAAAUAAAGAUGGCGCCUGGGUUCGUUUGAGUGGUGACUCGAUUCAAGCUUAUGUAGAAAGCAACGUGGAUGUUGCAUGGUGUAUGCAAUAUCAUCGGCAACUUGACUGCGCUCUAUUAGGCCCAGUUGAAGAUGAGCCUGUAACCCCUCCCGAAGAAGAUCCUUCUGGAUGGAACAGAUUAGAAGCGCAGUCAGAACUUCCGAUGUGGCCUUUAGAUGAUGACGUAGAGGCCAAUGAUGCAAAUGCCGAGGAGAGACCUUUCCCGUUUUCCAUUCAAUGUGAUCUUCCAGAUGAGGAGGAUAGGCGUAAUCCUGCUCUGAUGGCAGAGCCGAGCAAAAUUGAUAGAAAAAUGAGGAAAGAAGCGGCUGUUGCAGUAAUUAACCAACCGGCUAGACUUCCUCUGCGACAACCGCGUAGAAAUAAUGGUAAUGGCGACGGAGAAGAUGAGGUUCCUGCUCAGGCGGUUCAAAAACUUGCAAAUAACGAACAAGACGCUAACGAUGCCAAUAAUGUUAAAUUUGCUGAAGUUGUAGAGCUGGUCGAUGAAAGUUUGAACAAAAUGGAAAAUGAUGUUAAUGUACGAGAUGAUUCAGUUCAAAAGGCACAAGCGAUACCAAAAGCGGCGGCCAAUGUAGAAGAUAUCGCCGAUAACAACGAAGCGGAUGCUCUUAAAUGCCCUUAUGCAAAAGGGGCUGAUGUUAAAAAUGUAAUUGAGGCCGUCAAAAUAAGGAAUGCUAUAGAAGCUGUUAAUGUAGACAAACCAGUGGAGGAUAAGAAUAAUGCGGACCCAGUUCCACCCGACAAAGUAGAAGAAGAGAAAAUUCUCACGCAAGCUGCGACUCAGACUUCACCCGAAACGAGUGUUCAGGUUCAACGAAACGAUCAGCCCACUCCCAGUACUUCGAAGGAUGAAAAGAUUACCACACCCCGAGAAAGAGUGUCAAGCGUAUCAAGUUUCAAACGGCCGUCGUCACCUCCGCCCUUACCCGCGCGAAGCAAGCCCGCACCGGUGAAGAAACAAGCGCAAAGUCCGGCUCAAGCUGAAUGCUUACGGUCUAUUUUUGCUGCGCUAUUAUGGCAUGAAGGCAUCGUACACGACGCGAUAGCGUGCGCCGCAUUCCUGAAGUUCCACCCGCAGUUGCCAAAGGCUGGUGCCCUAGUUGUGACUCGUGGCGCUCCUCAUGAUCCGCCGAUUCCUAAACCUCAGAGACAUUCCGUGGAGGUUUCCAAUGCUGGUCAAUAUCUCCGCAUAAAUCCAUCUACGUUGGAGACGCUAACUAGAUCAGGCACUGAAGCCAGUUCGAGCAGAGCUCGUAGAAGUGACUUCAAUGGCACCAUACGUGAAGAGGACUCACAUUCACAUAUUGGCGAAGCAGGUCCGUCAUCGUCAUCGACUCCAUCGACUUCAGUAGUAAAUGUGCUACCUCCAGCAUUACGAGCACUCGUUGCUUUGUGGGAUUCCCUUUGUGACGCCGAUCAAUUGAAUGCUGCUACUGACAAGCUUAAGAAGGAAGAGAACAAUGACAAUGACGAAAUUGGUCCACUUGGGGGCGCAUUGCGAAAGAAAAAUUGGAAAUAUGGACCUUCGAAUAAGUUACCAUAUAUGGUGCGAUGUGAACUAUGCGGUGGAGCAAACGUGUCUCCACCAUUAGCAGCGCACAUGCGGUCCGCUCACCCCGGCUGCCGCGCGCCGACUACCCGUGGCUACGACCGUGCGGGUACUUACAAGCACGCUGAUCCGAUACCCUCCACCGCUGACUCGCCCGCAUCUGCGUGCGGGCAACUUGCGCAAGCGUACCAACUUUGGUACUUAUUCUGCGAGAAAUGCCGCGAGAAGGCGCUGAAAGCCGUGAGCGUGAGGCCAAAGAAGUCCGUCACCAUUACGGAAGUCAGUCGUCCCGAGAAAGCAGAACCAGAGAUCGACCACUACACAAUGAAGGACAAUGCUAUUUUCCUUCUGGACUUAACUCCAUUGAAUAAUUCAGAAGCCGCAAAUAUUUCACCGUGGCAAGAUACAUCAUGUCGCAGUCCGCCUACACCUCCAGGGAGUCUGUGGCAGCCAGCUCCGCCAUUCCAAUGCCUGCCCGCUUUGGGUGUCGCCCCGAAGACGAGCGCAGCGGAUGCAGCAAGAUACCAUUCUCUUGGACGGCCAUUGCCUGCAACUAAUGUGAACAAUCCGUUUGUUCCCAACGAGAUGUCGAGUUCUCAAUACCCUCGAGUGCAUCGUUCGGUGUCUAUGGGCCAAGCGGGCGGCCGCGACCUGGCCCACGCCGCUCGACCGCCACUCACUAGAUUUGAGCCUGAUUCUCAAGAAACGCUUUCCGGAGCGGGAUCCUCUCUACUCUCGCAGCCGAGUGCAGCUUUACAGAAAUUAGUUGGUUGCGACUGGAAUGCUGAAGGCGGGGGUGUCUCUGCAUUUUCGACACCACACGUGGACCCUGAAAGCAUAAUCAGGACACCAGUACUCUCGUUUAUCCUAGCGAAACGAGACUUGCAAAGUCAUAAACAAAAACUGGAUGCUAUUGUCAGAAUAAAUACACUUCGACAAUACGCUUUUGAGGCUAUGAACUGGUUACUACGAUCCACCAGCCAGCCUACAUGUGUGCACGAUGUGAUGUGGUGGUUCUGUAACGCGCUUGACUCGUAUGCGCGUAUCGUACAGCCGCCCGACCCUUCUGACGAUAAUAAGGAGAAUGUUCUAAACGACGCAAGCCGUAGCAUCAUCCCCACGGCAGCUACAUCCGCGCUGUGUCCCGGUGGGCGCGCCGCACGUGGCGCACGCGCGGCCUUCCACGCGUUCCUGGGUUCCAUUAGCACUCUAGCGCCCUCUCUACCGCCCUCCAGCGCUGCCAACCUGCAGGCUGUGCGCUGCUGGGAGCUGCAGUACUCCCAACAUGACCGCGCGUUCUUGCACAGAUCGCAAGUAUUUAGCGUUAUCAGCAAGAUUCUUUCUCACACUGAAGAUGGUGCUUACGAAGACGGUCUUCUGGGAGCUUUGCAUGAAAGCUAUCAAAGCUACUUCAACAAGCAACAGAAUUACGUAUGGAGUUGCCCAGACGUAACCGGUUGGUGUACCAUCACAGUUUCUUCGCGACAAGGAAUGGCCGGUGCUUUGACUGACAACACCACUGAGACAUUUUGGGAAUCCGGCGAUGAAGACAAAAAUAAAACGAAAUGGAUCCAGAUAGCUUAUAGUGGCGGUUCUGCGGAAGAUAAACCCCAUAUUGUCUGUAUCCACAUAGACAAUACUAGAGACCCUGCAACAAAAACCCAGAUGGUUACGUUCUGGUACAGCGCAGGACCAACUGACUUACUUCAAAUGAUGGACGUUGACGUGGACACUAAGAACGCUCAUUGGGUUUGCUACAUCUUACCCCGUUCGUCAAGUACAUCGGUUCGUGUUCGCUGUGAGCUUCGCGGGCCGGACCCCGCGGUGCGCGUGCGCCAAGUGCGCGUACUCAGCGGACCGCAGUUGAAUCCCUCCCAGUGUGUGCAAACACACCCUCUGCACUCUCUUACUGAGAAGGAUACGCUGCGAGUAUUCCGCUUACUCACUUCACAAGUAUUUGGAAAGCUUCUGGAGUGGGAGCAAACUGGCAGCGAUUCGGAUGGUCUAGUGGUUGGAGAGGUCACAGGUGAUGACAGUGAUCUGCGCGAACACGUCGUGGGUAUACUGUUCGCUGGACACAAAUUGACUUCACUACAAAAACAGGUUAUGACGCAUAUCGUUUGCGCAAUUGGCUGUGAAGCUUCGCGCGUUCGAGACGACUGGGAGACAGCUCUGCUUUGCGCCGAAGCCGUCGAGCGAACAGACGAUGAAGCGCAGCCUAGGCUCACUCAUCAACAGGACAAUUAUUGCUUUGAGAUGCUUUCAUUGCUCUUGGCACUUAGCGGAAGCGUAGCUGGGCGUUCCCAUCUCGCACAGCGAACAGAAUUACUUGCUGAUCUGUUGGCUCUACUGCACACAGGAAGUGAACGUGUACAACGCCAGGUAAUAUCGCUCUUACGAAGAAUGAUAUUUGAAAUACCACCGCAAAAGAUGUUGGCUGCACUCAACUAUGGCGCGGAUUUAGGUGCAAGAUAUGAAUCAACUGUAACGUUACUGGAUCACCUGGUCUGCUAUGUGGGCAAAGCAGUGACAGUGCAAGUGAAAGUGAAGGGUGCAAGCGGAGCGUCCUCCAACACGGUGACGAUGGGCACCACCGUAACUCCAGCGCCACCUGCGGCCUGGUUCAUGCGGGGAGAAACUACCAGAAGCCACGCCCAGGUCGUAGCCAGACUUCUCACCGAUAUGGCUGAGGAUAAAGUGUCGCCUGCUUGGGGAACUGCUACGCGCAUGGGUCUCUCCGAAUACGUAAGGGCUGUGGCUGAUAUAGAAGAGAUGGAUCGACGGCCCCAGAGAUGCAUCGCUCAACCAACCAUUUGGUUAGCUCUAGCGGCUUUAUGCAUUUGUGAACAAGAAUACAUGGAUCUUAUAAACAAUUCUGGUCGCGAUUCUCGUAACCGCGACUCAAUAGCAGACUCCCGCCAGUUCUGCGUGAACCACGACGACGGUAUCACACCUGCGGUCGUUGAUUGUCGCACUUGUGGCACUCUGUGCUCGGAGUGCGAUCGAUUCUUGCAUCUCAAUAGGACGGCAAGAACUCACCAGAGACAGAUUUGCAAAGAAGAAGAGAGCGCGAUCCGUGUUGACAGCCACGAGGGUUGCGGUCGAGCCAAACUCUUCUGGCUCUUGCUUCUCGUGGACCGGCGAACCCUCAAGGGGUUGGCGGAGUUCCGCGGCAUGGAAACAGGAGUGUGCGAGCCGGGCGAAGGGGUGUGUAGCGCCACAGGCCUGGCUGGCGUGUGUCGCUUCUGCGGCACGCGUGGAAAUUCCGGCCUACUCGCUAUUGGCAACGUGUGUGCUGACCAACAAUGCCAGGAGCACGGUCGCGAAGCGUGCGCGCGCAUCCUCCCUUGCGGUCACAUCUGCGGUGGCGUGCGCGGCGAGCGCGCGUGCCUGCCGUGCCUGUUCGGGUGCGCCAGUGCGGACACACUGCGCCAGGACGCGGACGACAUGUGCAUGAUCUGCUUCACCGACCCGCUGCAGGCUGCACCGGCUAUACAACUAUCCUGCGGCCACGUAUUCCAUCUACACUGCUGCAGAAAAGUACUGCUGAACAAGUGGAAUGGUCCUCGAAUCACAUUUUCGUUUUCGAAAUGCCCGAUAUGCAAAGAGGACAUGUUGCACUGGACUCUCGAAGACCACCUCGCCCCGAUACGCAAGCUCCGAGAGGAGGUGCGUCGCAAAGCCCUGAUGAGGUUGGAGUACGAGGGGCUGGCGGCAAGCAGCUCUAAGGGCAAGACGUUGGUGGACCCCGCUGGGUACGCCAUGGAGAGAUAUGCGUACUAUGUGUGCCACAAAUGCGGGAAGGCAUAUUUCGGUGGUUUGGCUCGUUGCGAGGCGGAGUCCAACAGCACUUGGGACCCUAAGGAGUUAGUCUGCGGGGCAUGCAGUGAUGUGGCCGGGGCAAGGAUCUGCUCCAAACAUGGGUCGGAUUUCCUGGAAUACAAGUGCCGAUACUGCUGCUCGGUGGCUGUAUUCUUCUGUUUCGGCACUUCGCACUUCUGCAAUGCGUGCCACGACGACUUCCAACGCGUGACUAACAUCCCACGUCAUCUACUACCACAAUGCCCAGCGGGGCCCAAAGGGGAGCAGCUCCCCGGCACGACCGAGGAGUGUCCCCUGCACGUGCAGCACCCCGCCACCGGCGAAGAGUUCGCGCUCGGCUGCGGCGUCUGUCGCAACGCGCACGCAUUCUAAACGUACACGCUACCUGGGAAAACCUAAGUAACCCCAGCGCCGCCGCCACCACCCACUCCGAAAGAAUUCAUUCGAUAAUCAACAUCUUAAAUGGACUCGUUGAAAACAAAUUGACGAUAAGAGAUAAUAUUUAAUCAUCACAUUAUUAUCUCGAACUACCAAUUUCAGGACCGUUUUUCAAUACUCAACUUUGAGGAUGAUUGUAAAAAUUUUCGUCAUACUUAAUGUUUAUUGAAAUGACUAUUAAAAACGGUCCUACAUCACUGGACAUAGACAUAUUAUCAAUUAUUAAGGACAGACUGAAAAUAAAGUUGCGCAGGGUAGGGCGAGAUAGUAUGGUGCUUAGUAUGUAAGGUAUUACGCAUAAAUUUAUGGCAGCCGAGCCACAUUAUACCUAAAUCGAGGUAUAGCAUUGGUAUCCCGGCUCGAACUGCUGUCCCAGGCUCCAAGAACGAAGUGAAGAAGGAUCAGAAUGCUCUUGUGUUUCGUUUGCUUCUUAGCCCAGGAAUGAAUUUUUUUUCAUUAUCUCUCUAUACUAUACUAUAUAUUAUAUAUUAUUUAAGAAUUUCGAAGUAAUGGUUCUAAACCUGUUUACUCAUUCUUUCCUUAAAUAGGGAGCACAUUUGCUUUCUCUGACACUAUUUUCGCAACGUAUACAAAAUUUUAACAAACAUGAGGAAAUUAUUACUUUCUUGUUUAGGUCUUAUAAAGUUGUAAACAUUUGUUAUACCGCAACUGCGCAGUAUUUGCGCAAAGAUUUUGUAACAGCACAUUUUAUAAUUUUAUAAAUAAAUACGUACUAUUAUAACUAUCGACUGGUUAUCCCUCCAUAUUUUACUUUCAUAUAUUGUAACGUUUGAGAAUAUUAAUUAGCAACUUCGACAAAUCUACAAUUGUUAUUUACUUUCAUACGCUUUUUAUAUAUAUAAUCUGAAAGUUAGUAUUGGAUGUAAACAUUAUGGGAAUAAGAUGUGGUUGUAAUAAACGAAGAAAUGAUAAUUUGUUAUUUUAUGUAAUAUGUAUAAAGAUAACAUCUACCUAAUCUAUGUAAAGCCAUUAUCAAAAAUGAAUCGAGACUACAUUGUAAAAAUCAAUAAAAACACAAGCUCAUCUAACAGCCGUUUGUUCGUAAACAUUAGUUAUUAGAAAAUCAAUAGUUUUGGCGAAAGAGCACCACAAGGUGUUACCUAUUUAAUACCCGUGUUCGAAGAACUCAUUUUCACACCACCAUGAGGUAAAGUGACGCCUGCCUCAUCCUCUCAUCACGUCUAAUUUAGAAAUGGGGGCAAAAGUUUAUUGUGACUCAAGAGCCAACCACGCCCAGACUUUCGUUUGUUUAUAAAAGCUGAAAAUCUUUUCGGGCAUUUACCCCAUAGAGAUACGAAUGACCAGCGAAUAUAGAGUUUGGUUCGUGGUUACUUGGGCAGGUAACAGGUGAUAAAGGUGUACAAAAUAGUACUUAGAAUUACUUUUAAGUAUAAAGCUCUAUGUUUGUUUAUUUCCUUUAGAAAUUUCGUCAUUCUUUACCGAACACUUAUGACACUUACUAGCCCCUACCAGACACCCCCAAAACUUUAGUAGAUUUAAGCUAUACUUUUAUUAUAUUAAAGCUAUUUUUCUAUAUAUGUUACUUACCUAUACAACCUAUACAGGAUUGUUACCUCAAUAGCCGGAUAGUUUAAAUGGUUUAUACAUUUUGCCAGACUCAUUGAAAUUUCUAUGUGUAAUGAUGAUGAUGAUGAUGUGGACUUUGUACACCUUUAUCACCUGUUAGCUGCCCAAGUAACCAAAACCUAAACACUAUAUUCGCUGGUUAUUCGUAUC